GCGCGCGCGCGUGUGUGUGUGUGAGCGAGCGCUCUCACACGGUUGUGUCCUCUCUGACCGUGUGUCCUCACGUUUCCUCACCUCCAUGCAGGUGAGUUAUGGAUGAAAGCACAUUUGAAACAUUUGAGGACGAGCUCGGUCAACCGCUGAAAGACGUUUCUCCUCCAAAGCCCCUCAGAACAGCUCGAACGGGGGGCCGAGCAGAGAUGUACACACAGAGGAGAACACGAGAGGAGGCUCCAGCGCUCCAGCAGGUACCGAAGAUGACCCCACGAGAACACCCGGUGUCCAGUGCAACGUCAUUGCGUAAAGCACUGUCCAUUCAGAAUCUGGCUCAGAUUGAGACGCCGUGGGAGGGUGUGACACUCAACAGAUGUCUGAUCAUCGCCAUAACCAUCCUGGUGCUCACCUGCGGUCUACAGAGAAUUAACGAGGCUCUCAGGGGCCGUAAAGAUGUCGCUGAAGAGUUCACGGCUGUGAGUGAGAGACACACUUUCAUCAGGAAAGCAAAACUACCAACACAUGAGCCCGAGAUGUCUUUAUGGGACACGUUCUUCUGGUGGGUCGAUGACGAUGAUGACGACGAAGGCACUAGCAAACGUAAAUCCAAGAGGGCAUCUCAAGAGAGAGCGUCCAGGGGCUUCAGACACCGGACCGUUCCAAACCUGAGACUCCUGAAGAAGAGAGAGACUAAAUUCAGCGAGAGGAGAGGAAGGCGCGACGUGGGUGAGAUGAAAGAGAGAAUGAAGAGGACGAGAGAGAAAGUCAGGAAGAAAAUAACAGAGGAAGAGCAAGAAGUGGAGAAGACGGAGAAAACAAAGAAACCAGUGAAGGACAGCAAACAAAAACACAAGAAAGGACCGUGAGAAGAAUCAUGGCAAAUAAGAAAUGAGAUCUGGCCUGUUGACAUCGUUCUUGAAGUUGAAAUGCUUUCUGAUGAGUUUUGCCCAUAAAAUCUCCUGCCAGAGACUUAUUUUUGAGAUUCUUUCACGUAGGCCUAUAGACCGUUUCAUUGGACGCGCGCGCGCCUGACCCCCAGUUAACUUCCGGUUUGUGUUUGGCUAGUCUAAUAAUAUAGCAAUUUAUAUUAGAUUUAAUUGAUGUUCAUAUUAAUUUGUAGUAUUAUAAUUUUAUUAAAUACAUGAUUUGUUGGAUUUUGUUGUAUGAUCAUUUAGUUAAAAAAACUAUUUGUUGAUUGGUUCCAGUAGUUCGGUCGCACUUAAAGAAAGCGUAUGGUACUAGCGGUUGAGCUUGGUAUCGCAGUCUAAAGUCAAAAUAUUCGAGAGACAAGUUUAGACGAGUGACGCUUCUUCUGGGUUUCUUUUGAUUGUUAUCAGAAAUAAUCUACAGGCGCUCUAUUGUUUGUGAAUGUACCGGAGGUUCAGUUGGGGGUCACAAAAGUGCGCAUGCGCAUUAAGGUUUAUGUUGUUAAGAUGAAACCGUCUAUACAAACAACUGAAUAUCACUUUAUAAUCGGGCUUCAUUUCAUUUCUUGACCUUCUUAUAUUAUAUGAUAAUGGUCCUUUAAUUUUUUGCUCUUGUAACUUUCAGAGACUUCUCAGAAAUGAAACUCAUCCAUCUUCAGCACUUUUAAAAUGAAAACUGAAUGCAAAAGAUUGUUAAUUAGUCUAGUGUAUAUUAAUCUUUAGAUGAAGAGUCUGGUUCCAAAAAUCAUGGUUUUUAUAUUGUAUUCCAAUUAAUAUCAAUCAAACUGCCGUUUUGUUUUGAGUUAAGCCAUAUUAACUCCGAAAAUACAGCUAACUAACACAAUAAAACAUGAAUACGUCAUAAAAACAUGUUUUUUGAAAAAUGUUAAAAACGGAGUUCUCUUUUUGGACCCAAACUCUUCAGAUCGCUGUAGUUACAGUCAGGUGGCAUUUAUAAGUUAAAGGAGUGAGAAAGUUAUUUUAAUCUCUUUUGAAAAUAUUUGAACAUGAAAAUUAAAGUUGUACUGUGGAAAAUAAAUAAACCUUUGUUUUAACUCAUUGAAGUUAAUAACAACUUUAGCGGUUUGUUCUGCCAAUAAAUCCAUUAUAAUAUUUAUUAGUAAACCAAGCGUUUGCAAUGACCAAGCACCAUUUCAAAUCCCUUUAAAUAACAAAACUAACAAAAUUGUAAAAACAAUUCUUGUUUGCUUUCAA